AACAAAGACUACAAAUAAUCAACAAAAACACCACAAAAACUACAUACAACAAAAUUUACACACAACAAAAACUACACAAGAUGCCAAAAGACGCCAACAACUCGUCGCCAAUCUCAGUGGGCCGGGAUGAAGACUUCGCCGCCUACGUCAUGACCAGCGCAGAGGAGAUGGACACAGCAAAGAUCUUCGCCAAUAAGAGGAUGGAUAUUGGUCAGUAUGCACUCCCUCUAUUCUCUCCUCAUCUAUCCCCUAUACCCAAGCCACUAAAAAACGCGCCAAAAGACGCGACAAAAGACGCGCCAAAGAAGGCGGCAAAAACCGCGCCAAAAAAGGCGCCAAGCGAGGCGUCGAAAAUGGCCGAUCGCAAGUCACUCGAGAGCGGCCUGGAGAAGCUUGUGAGUGAAAGCACUCAACAUAGGCGGCUCUCUCUCCGCAGCUUGGGUCGGCCAUUGUUAACAAGAGAGACUAUCACUCACACUCACACUCAAUCACAUGCAAACAUGAGAAACCACCCCGACGAUCACGCUCACACUCAACCACACUCAAACGAAUCACGCUCACGCUCAAAACAAAGUCACUCAACUAAACCGAAACCAAACAAUGAUGACGUCACUACGAGAAAAACACUCAACACUAUGACACAGCAAGCAGUGCAAAUGCAACAAGUACAAACAAACACUAAACUGACUACUGCUACGACAAAUACAUCACAUGCAACUACAACUACAACAAAUGCUACAACUACACAUGCAACUACAACAAACAAAACAACUACAACAAAUAAAACUAAAACAAAUGCUACAACUAGCGCGAAUUCAGUGGCAAGAUGGCUGAGCCAUGUGCCGCCAUACUUGCCACAUGAGCUGCCGCAGCCAUUCGCUGACGCUGCCACCGCUACUACAACAACAACAGCUGCCAAUCACAGCCAGGCUCAUGUGCAGUCGCCACUCAAACGACGAUGCAAUGAGCUUGACGAAAACGACGAUGCCACAAAGUUGAUAUUAAACACACCACAAUUCACAAGCGACUUUGCUACACGUUUAAUACAAGAAAGGCGGCAACAAAAACUACAACAAAUACUACAACAAGACAAGCAAAGUUACAAAAAACAUAAAGCUACGUCACAACAUGCAACAAACACCACUACGUCUACACAAACAAAGCCAUCACCACAACCAAAGCAAAUACGUGUACAAGCACAAAUACAUCAUGUUGACGACAUAACUACAGCCCCCGUCUCUGCCCCUACAGCUCCACCCCAGCACCAACAACAGCAACAACAGCCAAUAAACAAAGAUACAGUCACCAAGCAAAGGAUACCAGCUAUCUUUUUGCCUCUGGUGACUGAUGUAGUGCCACUGAUGGAUAUGCUUUAUAAGCAUCCAUCAGUGAAAGGAUUCAGCACUAAAGCUACUGGUGGUGCUGGGCGAGGACUACGUAUUCACUGCCAUGACCUUGAUACAUAUAAUGCAGUACUGAGUGUACUGCAGCAAGAAAAGCUGCAACUGCACACUCACCAGCCACGCCAGUUAAAAGGCUAUCGAGUGGUGCUAAAGCACUUGCACCACUCGACACCUUGCGACUGGUUGAGGGUGCAGUUGCAUGCUCUGGGCUUCAUGACGCGUUUCGUGCGCGUCAUGAAGCACAGAUUCACAUCAAAAGCCACUCAAUCUGUUUGA